UGUUGUUAUAUGUGCAUAUAUCGUUCACAUAUCGGUUGUGUCGAUUUCGUAUUUCGAAAGAUCAACUUCGGAAGUGUCUCGGGAACCGUGCACACAUUGCCACCGGAUAUCCUUCCAGUGACCAUGCGCUUUACCUUCACACAUCAAAUCUUUCCGAUUUUUCUUUCCCUCCGAUGGCUCGGACUGUUGGAAAUUCCUUUUUACUUACUACCCAUGCUCGUAAAGUUAGAAUUUCCGAAUGUGACGAGGAAGAUCCUUCUCGGGAGAAAGCCGUUCCACAUGCUUACCUCCACACUCAGUUCGCGUACAGCCAUGUACAAUAUAAUGGCAUGUUUUAAUAUCCAUCCUAACCACCGCGUGGCUUUUAACUUAUUGUUCCUAGUGAUCGACAAAGUCGACGAAUACCCUUGGCUCGCUAUUGCACUGACCAUAGCCAUGCAGUUCUUGUCAUUUCGCGUGGUUAAUUCGUGUACCUUUUACCAUUUACAGCGCAAGCUUACAUUGACCCAUGAUAUCUGUGUCUGACUAGUUAGGGGGUCAAGAAAGUGUUUGGUAGCUUGAGGUGCUUUCCGUGAGAAUGCAAUAUUGUGAUGGAGGGGCUUUGGAAGUCAGCACCGAGCUUUUGUGCUCUGACAUCUACUUUCUUAUCGAUAUAAUAUUAACCGUGAGUUCUUCGUAUUUCAGGUCGGUGGCUGUUUCUCAAUAUAUUCAUUAUCUCUGUAACACUCUUUACAUCCCAUCAUCAUCCUCUCUUCGCGUAAACACCAGCAUCCAUUUAGCCAUCACAUACAUCCUUUACAAGAUCAAGAAAACAUGAAGUUUACCUCUUCCCUCUUCUUCCUCUUGGGAUGUUUGACAGCAUCUGCUGCGGUCAUCGACAGAAGGACCACCAGUCCAUUCCGCUUGUAUGCUUACGGUGAAGGUAUUGGUGGACUACCAGUAUACUACUCCGAUGGUAAGUUGAUAAUCGUAGUACGACGCAUGCAUUUCCCCAAAACUAAUUGGACAUGUAGGAAAUGCAUUUGUGGGUAGCAAAUUUCCAUCCGGAUCCAAUGUUAACACAAAUAUCACAUGUAAGAACUCCAAUAACCACAGGUCCCACAAGCACCACUUUAAACAGCGAUCAUACUAAUACCGUCAAAGUCGCACCAAGUUCAUCCAGUGAAUGGGUCAUCACACCAACCGCUGGCAAUGUUACUCUCGCCAACACCACAUCUCCAGUACUAUUCAUCGACCCUUGUGCCACAGCCCUAACAAACGUUGGAUUUACCGGAUCUGCUUCAUCGAAUGGCACGACUAAGGGUUUCAUGUCAUUUGGUAACUGGGCUAUGUGGAAGAACCCAAGUACGUCGAAGAUCGCUUCCAACUUCUAUGCGACUCCCGUGUCGGAUGGUGUCUGGCAGUUGAAAUGGAAUGCGGAAGAGAUUGAUGAUGGAUCGAGUAUUAGUGUGGCUAUUAGGAAGGUGGCUCCUACUACGGAGUAGUUAUGAAAUGGAGAGGAAGAGGAGUUUAGGUCUAGGUACGGGAGCUGCGGAUAUCGAAUGAGAUUGUUAAGGGAAGGGGAGGAGAAAAGAGGUAGGGGAAGGGACGGGCUCAUAGAAAGGGGAUGGAGUUUUCUUCAGGAUAUUCCAUAGAGAGGAGUUGGGAUAUGA